AUGGGUUUGCAACCGAGUUUAUGUGGCGUGUCGUAUCGUAUCGUACAGUGUCAACGCUCAGAGGCACUAAGCGGGCGGCUGUCAAAGUCCGCAUCAGAGCUGUCAUGCGCGCCCGCCGCCACCGCCUCUCCGCCCCGCGCCCGCUCCGCUCAUCACCAUACACCUCUCUCAGUUGUACAUAGGACGCAACAUUUCUUCACUAAUUUAAAGAGUCGCUGGCAACGCAGCCGCAGUCGCGAGCGAUGUCCAGCCGGCACCAUCUUCACGCUCGCUCCGGGGCCGGACAGCAGUGGUACAGAGUAUGCUGGAGACCAGAGCUCGGAGCACAGUACGCCUGCCAACUCGCCACGACAUAGGAUAAAGAGAGGUUAG